GUAAUAGAUGGCAUUGCUUGUAUCAACUGGAUGAAAGUGCUUUUUUAAUUUUAAUUAUUUCCAUCACAUCUAUUGCUUAUUUACAUUUCUCUUAAGAAUACUUUUAUCAUUAGCUAGUUUACUGUCAUAUUCAUCAUGGAUAACUUGCCUGUGAAAAGGUAUCAAAUCAACCAAUUAAUCAUGGACUACCUAGUGGCUCAAGGAUUCAAAGAGGCUGCUGAAAAAUUUAAACAAGAAGCUGGUUUGAAUAUGCAGCGAUCAAAAUCAUCUGAAACUGAUCCUGAUACAGCUGAAUUCAAUGCUUUACUGGAACAAAGGAUACAAAUUAGAGAAGCCAUCGAAGAGGGUAAAAUAAAAUAUGCUCUGUGUCUAAUCAAUCAAUAUUAUCCCGAGUUAAUCGACCAAAAUAGAGGUCUUUAUUUUAAGCUACAGCAACAACAAUUAAUCGAACUAAUCAGAGAGCAAAAGACUGAAGAAGCCUUAUCAUUUGCACAAGAACAGUUGAAUGUUGACUCAGAAUAUCUCGAACUUCCUGAACUAGAAAGAACACUAGCCUUGCUGGCUUUUGACAAGCCAAUGAAUUCGCCAUACGCUGAUCUAUUACAAUUAGAGCACCGACAGCAACUUGCUCUAGAAGUUAAUGGAAUUAUCCUUCAAGAACAAUCUGGAUCUGCUGAUGUUCAACAGCCUAAGAUUAUCACGCUGCUUAAACUCCUGCAUUGGACUCAAAAUGAGUUGGAAAGAAAGAAAUGUAAAUUCCCUAAAAUGGUCGAUUUAUCAACUGCAGAAGUUAUUGGAGAAAUUUAAAAUGAAAUGUACAUUGAAUAUUAGUUCGUCAUCUUAACUUAUGGCUUAUCUCUUAUAGCACAAUAAGUAUCGAUUAUCAUUAAUCACUACAUAACUUUGUUAAUACAAAUCAAUAUUGCGUUUCUUUUUGCUCAAUUUUACUACCUGUUUAAAUCAAACAUAGGACAAUUUACAUGGUGUUUGAAAGUUGUGUAAUCAAAGAAAAUAAGGAAUCGAUAAAAUCUCAGUUGUCAAACACAAUCAGUGACAAAACGUUUUGCAUACCCAGAAUUAUUUCUAAUAACUUCUACUCUUUCUGUAAAUAACAUCAAAUCCAUACUUAAAUUUCACGCUUAUAGUUCAUUGUUUCCAAUCGCUCUAGAACUUUUUAAAUUUGAUUAAUAAAGGAUAGAGGUUAAGAUUUUCACCAACUUAAACUUGAAAAAAUAAAA